AUGACUUCUGGUGACAAGAUUCAUCAUCCAGAAGAGCUCGAUGACUUGAUUACAGCUGAAAUACCCGGAAAUCAUGACUUAGGAUUAAGGGAGCUUGUGCUGAAAUGGAUGAUUCAUAAUCCUUGUGGAACUCUCAAUCCUAAUGCUGCGUAUGAAUCAGCAGCCUUAGGUGAACAAAUGUAUCAAUUACUCACAGAAAAACAAAAGGAAGUCGCUAAUACUAUUCUUCAGGCCGUGAGUGAAAUAAAUUCCGAAGGAAAAUGCUUUUUCAUUGAUGGUCCAGGUGGCACUGGAAAAACAUUCAUAUAUAAGACUUUGUUCUACGUGCUCACUGGAAAGCAAUGCAAAGUUAAAUGUAUGGCUUUUACCGGUAUUGCUUCGAUAUUGCUGCCUAAUGGUCGUACUGCACAUAAGACAUUUGGAUUGAAAGUACCACUUUCACCAGGCUCAGUCUCAAGUAUCACACCCGGAUCACCAAAAGCCAGUAAAUUAGCAGAAACCGAUAUUUUUCUUAUGGAUGAAGCUCCUAUGCAUCCAAAAUAUGGACUAAAAAACAUUGACCAACUGUUGCGAUCUAUUGCAAAUCCGAACGUUCCCUUUGGUGGAAAAAUAAUGGUACUAGAAGAAGACUUUCGCCAAUGUUUGCCUGUGCAACCGCGAACAAAUCAAAGUGAAUUGUUAGACCUUUCUAUCAAACGAUGUCCCUUAUGGUUACGUUUUAAGGUAUUUACAUUGGAAGAAAACAUGCGUGUCGAUAUAGAGCAACGUGAAUUUGCUGAAUAUCUGCUAAAGUUAGGUAACGGUGAGCGGCCAUUAAACACGAUGGAAGAAAUUGAAUUGCCAGACGAUAUCAUAUCAAAUAGCAACCUAAUUGAUGAGGUGAAUCACGGCCGAGAAGUAAAAACGGAAACUGUUUUGGCAGCGCUGGACCCGAACGUCCUCGCUCGGGAUGUCAUUGCAUCGCUACCGCAAAACGACAGGUUCGAGUAUGUGUGGCAAAGAAUUAUCGAGCACUUCGCCGAUAGCGAACAGCGACGCCUUAACCGCGUACUCUCAGAAUUACCACUGGAGAAUAAGAAACCGUCAGAACUGUUCUUUAAAAUGAAGCGCGUCACUGGCAACGCACUCGGCGAUACGGCGCUCAAAAGCCCCUGGAUCAAACGUUUGCCGGAGUUCGCACAAACAGUCGUAGCAGCCUCAUCCGGUACUGCGACCGAGUUUACGUAA